GCAAGCAAUCCUUCAGUGAGACUGCGCAUCACCCGAAGGAUGGCCAAGAUAUUCUCAUGCGUGUGCUUCGUCGGGACCCCCUUCCUCCCGCUGGCUACAGUUCACAUCGAUCAACUGCUCAUUCACGGGAUUCUUGAUCGACUAGGCGCCCUUAAUGAUGCGGAUGAUGCGAAGGAGAUACUGGAGAGAGUUCUGCGGGCUAUACCAGAGCAUUGGCUGUUCCAGAUGACCCCCGAAGCUCGAGAUUCUCUCAGAGGGUCGUUACAAGCUGCCUGCAAGAAGUUCGAGGUCGAUAUCAGUACACACUGCCGUGUUGAAUGUAUCACUAGAUCAGCGUGA